ACAAGUUGAGCACAAUGACGCAAUUCAUGACAAUCAGCGUGGCGACCACCAUGACGAAAAUAAGGUACCUGGGGAGCCCGGAAUGUGUGACGUCACAGCCUCCCACGCCCUUAGCCACAGAAGGCGCUGCUGGUCCUCUGAGCUCACAAACACUCUUUCUCUCCGCCUGAGCUGGAGCACGUCCCCAAGCUGCGCCCCCUCGGCGAGGCCAGACGCUUUCCCUGGCUCUUCUGCCCCUUCUACCACCUGUAGCAGCCAUGAAGGGGACCCCCAGCUCCCUGGACACCCUAUUGUGGGUCUACCACUUCCACAGCUCCACGGAGGUGGCUCUCCAGCCCCCGCUUCUAUCUUCCCUGGAACUCUCUGUGGCCGCAGCCCAUGAAUAUCUGGAGCAGAGGUUCGGAGAGCUGAAGUCCGUGGAGCCAGGGGAGUCGCCUGCACCGAAGCCCACACUGGGGCUGGUGCUGAGAGAAGCCGCGGCUAGCAUCAUGAGCUUUGGAGCCACCUUAUUGGAGAUCUCAGCCCUGUGGCUGCAGCAAGAGGCGCGGCGACUAGACGGCGGCGAUGGCAGCCGGGGCCCAGCCCCAGAUGCCGGGGAUCCGGGUGCAGCACUAGCCCGGGUAGCUCAGGCUGUAAGGCAGGGGGCUCUGCACGCUUGGGCUUUGUCGGGCACGAGCUCCCAGCUCCUCGUCCAGGGAGUGUGGCUAUGCCUGUGUGGACGGGGCCUGCAGGAGUCCGCCUCAUUCCUGCAGCUGUGGCGACGGCAGCUGGGUCUCAGAAUCCCCGGGAAACCGGUGAGUUCAGAAUGGGGAAGUGCAGUAGGGGGUCAGAGGCUGCGAGCCUGGUAGGCACUGACCCGGACCAUCCUCCAAUAGAGAUACUCAGGAGACCUCCAGGUGGCGUCCAGCAGCAGCGCGGA